CUAAUUUUUUGAAGAACAUGUUAACGCGUACUUAACAUUACAACAAAGCAAAAAAGUGGCUUCUGUUCAAAGUUAAACGACUAAUUUUAACUUGCUCGUUGCGUGGGUUAAUAUCCGCGAGGGAUAUUUGAACGUGCGACUGGCAACCCGGCGUUUCACUCUGACGUAACCUUGUGUUGUGCGCCGCGCUCCAGCUAACCGGAGACAUAUCUGCUUUCUGAUUUCUGUGAAAAUGGAGGACGCUGAAUCCCAGCUGCUCUCCGAUCAGGAUCAGACUCCGGAGCCUCUCCUCAGCUCUCUGGACAUCUUCCUCUUCUCUCUAAUCGCAGGAUUGCUUAUCUACUGGUUCUUCUUCCGAAGACAACCAGAGCCUGUUCCGGAGAUGAGGACAUUCACUGCAGUAACGCCACAAAUACGUGAGACCAGCUUUAUUGAGAAAAUGAAGAAAACGAACCGAAACAUUGUGGUGUUUUACGGAUCCCAAACAGGGACUGCUGAGGAAUUUUCUAACAGACUGGCAAAAGAUGCCCAUCGCUAUGGCAUGAAAGCGAUGGUCGCUGACCCAGAGGAGUAUGACAUGUCCGAGCUGCCUAGACUGAAAGAAAUUCCUAAUUCCAUGGCUGUGUUCUGCAUGGCAACCUAUGGAGAGGGAGACCCCACAGACAAUGCUCAGGAGUUCUAUGAUUGGAUGCAAGCGACUGAUGACGAUCUAGAGGGGGUCAAUUUUGCUGUGUUUGGGUUAGGAAAUAAAACAUACGAGCACUACAACGCCACGGGCAAGUACACGGACAAGAGGCUUGCUGAACUUGGUGGGAAAAGGGUCUAUGACCUGGGCCUCGGGGAUGAUGACAGCAACUUGGAGGAGGACUUUAUCUCUUGGAAGGAACAGUUUUGGCCUGCUGUAUGUGAGUUCUUUGGUGUGGAGCCUACUGGAGAAGACAGCAGCAUUCGGCAGUUUGAACUGGUGGUUCAUAAUGACAUCAAUAUGAAUCAAGUGUACACUGGAGAGAUGGGACGACUCAACAGUUUUCAGACACAGAAACCACCGUUUGAUUCAAAGAAUCCUUUCCUUGCACCUGUGACUGUUAAUCGUAAGCUGAACAAAGGAGGAACCCGCCAUCUGAUGCACAUUGAGCUAGAUAUCACUGACUCUAAAAUCAGAUAUGAUUCUGGAGACCAUGUUGCCGUUUACCCCACAAAUGAUGCGUCAAUGGUCAAGAGACUGGGAGAAAGGCUCGGAGUAGAUCUCGAUACUGUAUUCUCUCUCAAAAAUCUGGAUGAGGAGUCCAAUAAAAAGCACCCGUUCCCCUGUCCAACCACGUACCGCACGGCGCUGACCCAUUACCUUGACAUCAAUAACACACCACGUACAAAUGUGCUGUAUGAGUUGGCGCAGUACGCCUCCGAUCCCCAAGAACAAGAGAACAUGCGCAAGAUGGCGUCUGCCUCCACUGAAGGAAAGGCUCUGUACCAGAGUUGGGUUGUGGAUUCGGAAAGGAACAUACUGGCUAUUCUAGAGGAUCUACCUUCCCUGAACCCUCCUAUAGAUCACCUGUGUGAGCUGAUGCCUCGACUUCAGGCUCGAUACUACUCCAUCGCCUCCUCCGGCAAGGUCCAUCCACACUCUAUCCACAUCUGUGCUGUGGUGAUAGAGUACACCACCAAGACAGGAAGAGUCUUCAAAGGUGUAGCCACCAACUGGCUCAAGAAUAAAGAUGUGACCGAUAAUGGGCACGAGGCCACCGUUCCAAUGUAUGUUAGGAGAUCCCAGUUCCGCCUGCCGUUCAAAGCCAGUAAUCCUAUAAUCAUGAUCGGGCCCGGAACUGGCAUCGCCCCUUUCAUGGGCUUCAUCCAGGAGAGAGCAUGGCAGAAGGAUCAAGGGAAGGAUGUUGGUGAGACGAUACUGUACUUUGGCUGUCGCCAUAGGAACGAAGACUUCCUGUAUCAGCAGGAACUGGAGGAUUUUGAGAAGGCGGGUGUGCUGACACAACUUAACAUUGCCUUUUCCAGAGACCAGGAGCACAAGAUCUAUGUGCAACAUCUUCUGAAGAAAAACAAGGAGCAGUUGUGGAAGCUCAUUCAUUCAAAUAAUGCCCAUAUCUACGUUUGUGGAGACGCACGUAACAUGGCUCGGGACGUGCACACGGCCUUCUAUGAGAUUGCAGAGGAGAUGGGCGGCCUGACGCACACUCAAGCUGUGGACUAUUUUAAGAAGCUGAUGACCAAGGGCCGUUACUCACAGGAUGUUUGGAGCUAAGCUUACUGAUAAACCAAUGCCACUUUACCUCAGAUGAUCAUUUCUCCAAAAGCUAGAGCUAAAACAUCGAAUUUGCCUGGACUGAUUUAUUGCUGGCAGCACAUAUAUAAUAUACUGCACAGGACCCAGAUCAGAAAAAAAGCACUCCAACCUUACACAUUCUUCCUUUAGAUGAGUUUGAUAUUCAACCUACUGUUACAGGAAACUAAUUUGACUGAAUUUGAACCCUAACCGGACUGCGGGAUUGGAUGUUGAUGUAUACGCAAAUGUAGGUCAAGGAUGCAAAAUAUUCCUUUGCUUCUUUUUUGAUUGAGGCCUUAUAAAGAAUGUUCAUAUAUUGUCAUACUGUCUAUUGUUUUAUCUCUGUGAAAAGACUGCAAAUAUCACUUUGUGACGUACUGUAAAACUUUAGAUUUUGUUUUUGUGACAUUAUUCAAAACACAGUACAAUGUGUUCACCAUUUUAGAUCAAUCAUGCAUUUUUGUUAUUGUGACGUUCAUUCUUAUUUCUUGUGCUUUCAAGUUCUGCCACUCAUCUUAACUCUUUUAUGCAUUAUUUCAUAAUGUUGAGUAGCAGUGAACAAGCAAUUAUGCAAAAACAUGACCUCAAUCAUUGGGUGAAACGUUACAUUCUGUUAAGUCAUUUUUUUUAAUGUUGUCUAGCAGUUUUAAGCAAACUGGUCAAGUUUUAUUGGUUGCAUCUGGAGGAAUAUAUUAUGUAUAUCGAUUUUCCUAAUAGAUGCAUUUAUGAAAUUAAAUGUAGGUUCUUCUCUCAUUUUCAGUAUCUUUUUUCCUUUAUCGGUACGCAUUUACCACUGAUUUCUACUAAUGAUUAUAGAAUUGACUCCUCAAUUCAUCCCCCUGGUGAGCCAAAGCUGCAACUGCAAUAAAAUGCCCAGCAUUAUGGUUUUAUGGCAUGUUUUUUUUAAUGACAACAAGCUUGCAUUUGUUUAAUUUAAAACUUAAUUAAACUUGCUUGGGAAGUGAAGUGUCUUUGUGAUUUCACAUGUUUUUGUGCAACAUUGUGAUCUCAGUAAUGCAAUGUUUGAAAAUUAAAUAAAAUGCACAAACACUG